GUGUAAGUUAAAAGGACAUGUCCAACAGUGUUGAACUUACAGGACUUUACCAACUCUCUUUAUGUUGAGAUGUUCCCAAUAUUAAAAUCAUUAUGGACCCUGAAGAACGGAAUAGUUCUUUUCCUAACUCCUCUGAUACUUCUUCCACUCCCAGUUGUCAUCAACACAAAGGAGGCCAGCUGUGCUUAUGUGAUCAUACUGAUGGCAGUAUAUUGGUGUACGGAGGCUCUUCCUUUAGCUGUCACAGCACUGUUGCCUGCCGUCCUCUUCCCCAUGUUUGGCAUUAUGCAAUCCAAAGUGGUGUGUAUGCAGUACCUGAAAGAUACCAGCUUGCUGUUUGUGGGCGGGCUGCUGGUGGCUGUGGCGGUGGAACACUGGAACCUGCACAAGCGCAUUGCCCUCAGAGUGCUGCUCAUUGUUGGGGUGCGCCCAGCACUCCUGAUGCUGGGCUUCAUGGGAGUGACGGCUUUCCUCUCCAUGUGGAUCAGUAACACAGCCACCACAGCUAUGAUGGUCCCUAUAGUACAAGCCGUGCUGGAGCAGCAGAACAAACAGGAGACAGAACUUCCUCAGAUGACCUGCAGCGAGGAGCAGUCCCAGGCCCUGGAGGUCGAAUACAAACAGCCAGCGAAGCAUGAAGACAGAGAAGUGGUGAUGCGCAUGUUGGAUGUCUCACCAGAGGUUGCCAAACAACAAGAGUGUGUAGACAAAAAACUAAUGUCUAAGGGCAUGACUCUGUGUGUGUGUUACGCCGCCAGCAUUGGUGGAACAGCAACACUCACAGGCACUGGCCCCAACCUAGUACUCAAGGGUCAAAUGAACCAGUUGUUCCCUCAGAAUGGUGAUGUCAUCAACUUUGCCUCAUGGUUUGGUUUUGCGUUCCCAAACAUGAUCAUCAUGCUAGUAAUAGCCUGGCUCUGGCUUCAGUUUGUUUUCAUGGGAUUCAAUGUUAGGAAGACAUGGGGCUGUGGGGCACGAAAGUCAGAAAAGGAAAUCGCCGCCUAUAACGUGAUCCGCGAGCAGCACCUUCGCAUGGGGCCGAUGUCUUUUGGAGAACUCAGCGUUUUGGCUCUGUUCAGUUUACUUGUGGUUCUGUGGUUCACUCGGGAUCCAGGAUUUGUGGCCGGCUGGGCAACGUACAUCUUUAACAGAGAUGCAGAAUAUGUGACAGACGCUACAGUUGCGGUCUUCAUUGCUGUGCUGCUUUUUAUUCUGCCAUCAAAACCACCCCGGAUUUUCAUCUGGUCCUCAAAUGGCUCUGAAACAGAUCCCCAGCUUCCCACUGUCCCCAGUCCAGCUCUGCUCACCUGGAAAGUUGCUCAGAAGAAAUUACCUUGGAACAUAGUUUUGCUCCUGGGUGGAGGUUUUGCACUGGCCAAAGGGAGCGAGGAGUCUGGACUAUCAAGAUGGAUGGGAAACCAGUUAACUCCCCUACACAGUAUUCCUCCCUGGGCUAUUGUUAUCAUUUUGUGCCUCCUAAUUGCUAUUUUUACCGAAUGCACAAGCAACGUGGCUACAGCAACCCUUUUCCUCCCUGUUCUUGCUUCUAUGUCUCAGUCUGUUGGAAUGAAUCCUCUGUACGUCAUGGUGCCAUGCACACUCAGCGCUUCAUUUGCAUUCAUGUUACCUGUGGCAACUCCUCCAAAUGCAAUAGUCUUCUCAUAUGGAUACCUCAAGGUUUCAGACAUGGCAAAGACUGGCAUAAUAAUGAAUGUCAUAGGGAUUUUCUGCAUCACUCUAGCCAUCAACACCUGGGGCAAGGCAAUGUUCAGCCUGGACACAUUUCCAGCCUGGGCCAACCAAACAGAAAUAUGAAGGACAGUAUAAGGCCAAAUAAAAACUAACAAGCUGCUCUUUCUCCUCAUCAUCUUCACAACUCUGCAGCACAGAAACUGGAACGUGGCAGGGUUUGCACACCGUUUGCCUCUAUCAUUAAAGCGCCUGAAUUACUCUGCAGCUAUACAUUUUGAGUACACCCACUAUUUUAAACAACAUCAUAACAGAAUGAACACUGAGCUGUGAAAUCUGGCUUCUACGCUUUGCUUGUGUUACUGUAUCCACAGCAAGCUACAAUUACAGUAUAUUGCAGUUCAAGCUUUUACAGUAUACUUUACAUAGCAGGCUCACCUGUCAGGAUGGAACAAAAUGGGCUGAGAAGUCAAAGCCUAACCAACCACCAGUUCCUACUUCUUAAGAGUAAAAACAUUCUUAAGUUGCAUUUUGUCAAGGGAAUUUGGAUAACAUGGAUCUUACAGAUUUUUUGGAUUAUAAAAGGUUAUUUAGACUGUGUGGAGCCAUAUGGCAUCGCUAAGAAGAAACAUCAGGCCGACUUAUAAGCAAAUAUAAUGGUUGUGAAUCAUUAUGAAUUUUAAAGUCAGGUGUAUGGAAACGUUCAAAUUUAUGAUUAAUAUAUAAUUUAUUAUAUUAUACUCUUAAAAAUAAAUGAAAGGAAAUCCAGUAUUAGUAAAUCAGGCCCUGCGUGUCAGAGAAGUACAAUUAUACAAUGAUAAACGAAGUCUUCAUUCAACUUCUAAAGCCUAUACUUUUUCAAUAAUUGUAUGGUUCUUUCCACAAACAAGUGCUUACUGUACUUUUACAAUCAAAAUGACUUGAAUUUAGAUGACUUUUUUAAAUGCUGCACAUUUUGAACGAGUAUGACCUCAUUGUGCAUGCAGGGACAGCGUUUUAGUGUUUAAUAUAUUUUUAGACUGUACAUUCUUGUGAGAUGUGAGUUAAUUGAUACCCUGUAUACACUUCUGUUUGAUUUCAAUUAGGAUCUACUGUAUUCUGGUCGACUGAAUUAUUUAUAAUAAUAGUAAUAAUUUUAAGAUACAUUCUCCAAGUUUGUUUAUUAUAAUCAUACAUGUACCAAAUAGGCAGGUAAAGCAAAUAUGUCUUUAUUAAA